CUUGGACGGACCAUCCUACUCUUCCAGAUUGGUACGCAAUAUGUGCAUCUGACUUGCCGUCUACUGAAUCAUCUUAUCUCCCAGGUUCGAGCGAUAAUGAGGGACGGACUGCAGUACUACUUUAUGGAGAAGAAUAUGGGACUAGUCGUACAGGAGCGCAAUCUACCCUUUCACCUAACCUAUAUGGGAUAAAGCCCCGAACUGUUCAUCGCCCGGUUUUUACUGAGCUUAGCCUUCACUCAUCCUAUUCCGAAGAACUACCUC